AUGGUGAUGUGAGGCAGAGUGGUAGGCCCCGUCACACAGUGACUCACACUCUGUCAUCCAGACCCAACAUUAGGAAAGUAAUCAUGCUGUGGGCUACAGAACAUGUUAGCUGUGAUAGUGUGUCUGUCUACAGGCGGAGUGAUGUUAUCUCUCCUGUACCUCGAUACAUUUGGGAGGGAAUUGCACUGCAUGUACUGUAUUUUCAUGUACCUAUUGGGAGGUUGAAAAUAAAUGUGAUUUGUUAAAUGAACAGAUACCCUGCACAUACAGUACCAGUCAAAAGUUUGGACACACCUACUCAUUCAAGAGUUUUUCUUUAUUUUUACUAUUUUCUACAUUGUAGAAUAAUGAGCACUUGUUGGCUGCUUUUCCUUCACUCUGCGGUCCGACUCAUCCCAAACCAUCUCAAUUUGGUUGAGGUCGGGGGAUUGUGGAGGCCAGGUCAUCUGAUGCAGCAUUCCAUCACUCUCCUUCUUGUUAAAAUAGCCCUUACCCAGACUGGAGGUGUGGUGGGUCAUUGUUCUGUUGAAAAACAAAUGAUAGUCCCACUAAGCCCAAACCAGAUGGAAUGGCGUAUCGCUCUAGAAUGCUGUGGUAGCCAUGCUGGUUAAGUGUGCCUUGAAUUCUACAUAAAUCACAGACAGUGUCACCAGCAAAGCACCCCCACACCAUAACUCCUCCUCCUCCAUGCUUUACGGUGGGAAAUACACAUGCGGAGAUCAUCCGUUCACCCACUGCGCGUCUCACAAAGACACGGUGGUUGGAACCCAAAAUCUCAAAUUUGGACUCCAGACCAAAGGACACAUAUCUACCGGUCUAAUGUCCAUUGCUCGUGUUUCUUGGCCCAAGCAGGUCUCUUCUUAUUAUUGGUGUCCUUUAGUAGUGGUUUCUUUGCAGCAAUUCGACCAUGAAGGCCUGAUUCACACAGUCCCCUCUGAACAGUUGAUGUCUGUUACUUGAACUCUGUGAAGCAUUUAUUUGGGCUGCAAUUUCUGAGGCUGGUAACUCUAAUGAACUUAUCCUCUGCAGCAGUUAACUCUGGGUCUUCCAUUCCUGUCACGGUCCUCAUGAGAGCCAGUUUCAUCAUAGCGCUUGAUGGUUUUUGCGACUGCACUUGAAGAAACUUUCAAAGUUCUUGAAAUGUUCCGUAUUGACUGACCUUCAUGUCUUAAAGUAAUGAUGGCUGUCAUUUCUCUUUGCUUAUUUGAGCUGUUCUUGCCAUAAUAUGGACUUGGUCUUUUACCAAAUAGGGCUAUCUUCUGUAUACCCCUCCUACCUUGUCACAACACAACUGAUUGGCUCAAACGCAUUAAGAAGGAAAGAAAUUCCAGAAAUUAACUUUUAAGAAGACACACCUGUUAAUUGAAAUGCAUUCCAGGUGACUACCUCAUGAAGCUGGUUUAGAGAAUGCCAAGCGUGUGCAAAGCUGUCAUCAAGGCAAAGGUUGGCUAUUUGAAGAAUCUUCAAAUAUAAUUUUUUUGUUGAUUUUUUAACACUUUUGUGGUUACUACAUGAUUCCAUAUGUGUUAUUUCAUAGUUUUGAUGUCUUCACUAUUAUUCUACAAUGUAGAAAAUAGUAAAAAAUAAAGAAAAACCUUGGAAUGAGUAGGUGUGUUCAAACUUUUGACUGGUACUGUAUGUGAAUUUGUCCCAACACUUUUGGUCCCCUAAAAUGAGGGGACUAUGUACAAAAAGUGCUGUGUUUUCUAAACGGUUCACCCGAUAAGGAUUAAAAAUGUAAGCUGACAGUCUGCACUUAAACCUCAUAGUCAUUGUAUCAUUUCAAAUCAAAAGUGAUGGAGUACAGAGCUAAAACAAAACAAAAAUGUGUAGCUGUCCCAAUAAUUACGCAAGGCACUGUAUAUGGUAUUUCUAUAUACAGUAACUAUUGUAAAUCCAGUGGUCUUAUUGUGAUAAAUGCCUGUCUUUCCCCUUCAGGAGGCGCCGUGUUGUUCCCUGGCUGCUGAUGGCCAUGCUGCUACUCUACUCCCUGUUCUUCGCCUGGAGAGCCAACCUGGACACCAGCAGACCCCUACUGCUGGGAGUGGUGAGUGUUGAGCCAUGGGGCUUAGUUAGGGCAGGGAGGCGACUGGAUGGGCCUGAGUUGGGCUGCCACAAUCUCCUCUGGCCGUGUUGUGUGUUUGGUCUCUCUGCAGGUGGAGUGGUUCUGGCUCCAGAGCGAUGCUGUGGUGUGUGUGCUGGCUGGGCUGGGCCUGAAUUGGACAUACACAGGCCUGGAGAGGAGGCUAGGACAUGGGAGUCUGUGGAGGGCCAGAUGCCGGCUCUUCACUGUAGGUCUCCUGGCACACAUGGCGCAAUCAACCAUCGGUAAGCAUCAUAUCUAGUAAAAUGAACAUCAACUGACUUUGGCUUGAUGGCACCAUCCUGUGUGUGGUGUUACAACACUGUAGUAUUUUUACUGGCACCAACUGAUUUCAGGAUGACAGACAAACUAGAAAAUAAAUGUUGACUUGUAGCUAGAGCACGUGUCAAACUCAAGAAUAUUUAUUUUGCGGGAAAUAACGAUCUCAGUCGACAUGACUUAAACUAAAUCCAAACUGUGUAGAAAUGAUAAUGACCUGCAUUUAUGGUCUCCUCACUCUGUCCAGCUUACUAACAGUCAUCAAAUGAAAGCUUGACAGUCAGGGAGCAUCGAAAAUGUUAAAAGCGAUGGAUAGAGGACUCUUUUUUUGCAGAUUUAGACGGCAAGAAAAUAUAAUCCAUUUUAAGUGCGCUCCUCCGGACCUCGAUGGAGACAGAAUGCGGCCCGAGGGGAAAAUGAGUUUGACACCCCUGAGCUAGAGGGUCACACACAAAACAUCUUGAGAAUUUUACUGACAAAAAUCUCUCUGCACUUGUUUCACCUGAGCUAUCCCAAUCAUUUUCUCUGUACUUCAAACUGGGGCCCUGCACUCCACAUGCCAGGUAUUUCAUUCUCCCGUCUCUCCUCACCCCAUGGUAGGGGCUAAAAAGAGGCACGGUUAGCACAUAGAUUCCACUGUGAAUGCUGAGUGUGAGAUGUUAGCCAUGAGAGGCAGCAGAUUACACCAGUGUGGUGCUGCGCUCUGCCAGGCAGACUGAGGGAGCCAUCACACAGCUGCUUUGAUCAGGGGGAGAGCCUGUCCUACGCUGUCAGACCCAUCGCACCUGUCUACCCACGAUUAAAUAGACAGAGCUGGGGUGGGGGGAAUGACAACUUACCACAGAGGCACUUGAAAGCAUGCAUACAGUACAAAGACACACACACACACAGAGACCAUCCUCAGUAGUGGAGAUGUACAAACAGAACUUCACUAAAAGGAAAUGUACACAGACACACAGUUGUAAGAGAAGAUAUGUUAACUCCUGUUGACUUGUAAAGGUUUGUGUUGCAUCCCUCCCAGGGGGUGUGAUCAGAGCAGUAACAGUGUGGUGGAGCGGUUUGGGCGGGAGCUUCUGGUCCCUCCAGACUCUAUCAUCCUGACCCGGGGAGACCUCCCAGGGAACUCCCUGCGCUACCUCCACUACUGCCAGGGGGUCCGGCCUGAUGUAUGCCUCGUUGACCAGGAGUUCAAUACUUUGCCACUUAGGGUAACUUGCAUUGGUUUUAAGUCCAGGUCAGGAAUUCCAUUUAUUCAGCUUUAUGAUAAUAGCUUUGUAAAUAGAGGUCAUACAUGAUAGACAAUAGAUGAUCCUAGUAAGGCUCCUGUUUGUUGACCUCUCUCUCUGCUCCUCCAGAUGAUGACGUAGAGCUGGUACGUGGCCAAGCUGGGCCAGCAUCACCCUUUGGUUCACUUCCAAGGGCGCUGGUGGGACCCGGUCUACACUGAGGAGAAAGACACCUUCAGUCUGGAGCAGUUCCUCUCUCACAACACAUAG